GACGAAGAAAUCGCAAAGAAAUUAUGCGAAAAACUAGACUUUCAACCUCUAGCGCUUGCCUGUGCAGCAGUGUACAUCAAACAAACACACUACGCUGAUCCAAACAUGAACUGGGAAAUUUAUCUUCAAAAAGUGGAGAAAGGAAAUCUGAUGUCGACUGAUGAGUUUUACGAGAAAACAAAUCACCCUUACCAGAGAUCUAUGAAGACUGCUAUUACGAUGGCAGUUGAGAAGAUUUUAGAAAAGAGUGAGGUGUUACGGCAUACAUUUGAAUUUAUGGCUGCUGUUGCCCCAGAGUUCAUAUCACUAGAACACGUUAUCAACUAUGUACGUCAGUGCAUGCCUGAAAUGGAAAAAGAGAAUGUAGCUAUAACCAUUAYCUCGUCCGCAAUCAUCAUUACUUCCGAAGAUAGCUCUAAACGACAGUCAGUUCGCGUUCACCAAGUUGUCUAUGAUGUUCUUCAAUCCGUCUAUCAAGUAACAUUCCAGCAACAAGCCGCUGAAUUUUCAUUUUUCAUGAAAUUCGUCAACGUAUUUUCUUACAUCAGGGACAUGGGCGCAGAUAUAAUCAAGUUCUUCCAAGAAACAGCUCCUCUACUUCARCACCUUGUCUUUUUCUCGGAAAAGGUGAAGAAGUAUUUUGAGAGGCAUCAAAUUGUAAAGGUACUAAAUGAAGCAAACCCAUAUGGAGUACAUUAUCGAUCUAAUAAAUUAUUUACACAUCAAUACAUUCCAUUUGCAAUGUUCCUCAUGGAAACUGUUGCUCGUGUAUGUAAAAACCAUUGGAAAUUUAGCACAGCAAGAACAUUAUGUGAGAUCAUCAACUGCCUAAUUGAAAGCACUUACGACAGCAAUCAUCCUGAAGUGGCUACAACUUUAAAUAAUUUAGGAUCAGUGUUGCAGGAUCUCGGGAAACUUGAUGAAGCAAAAGAAUGUUUGGAAAAAGCUCUGGCAAUUGAAGAAAGCACUUACGGCAGCAAUCAUCCUAAGGUGGCUCCAACUUUAAAUAAUUUAGGAUUAGUGUUGAAGAAUCUCGGGAAACUUGAUGAAGCAAAAGAAUGUUACAAGAAAGCUCUGGCAAUGUACGAAAUCACUUACGGCAGCAAUCAUCCUGAGGUGGCUACAACUUUAAAUAAUUUAGGAUCAGUGUUGCAGGAUCUCGGGAAACUUGAUGAAGCAAAAGAAUGUUUGGAAAAAGCACUGGAAAUUAAAGAAAUCACUUACGGCAGCAAUCAUCCUGAGGUGGCUACAACGUUAAAUAAUUUAGGAUCAGUGUUGCAGGAUCUCGGGAAACUUGAUGAAGCAAAAGAAUGUUUGGAAAAAGCACUGGAAAUUAAAGAAAUCACUUACGGCAGCAAUCAUCCUGAGGUGGCUACAACGUUAAAUAAUUUAGGAUCAGUGUUGCAGGAUCUCGGGAAACUUGAUGAAGCAAAAGAAUGUUGCGAAAAAGCACUGGCAAUAGAUGAAAUCACUUACGGCAGCAAUCAUCCUGAGGUGGCUACAACGUUAAAUAAUUUAGGAUCAGUGUUGCAGGAUCUCGGGAAACUUGAUGAAGCAAAAGAAUGUUGCGAAAAAGCACUGGCAAUAGAUGAA